CCGACGAGGCGGUUGACAGGAGUCCGCAUGAGCCCGUUCUUGUUCCACUUGUAGGUGGACGACUGCCAUGGGACUAAGAUCUACGACCCCUACGCGUGGCUGGAGGACUCCGAGGGCGCAGAAACGAAGGCCUUCGUUGAGGAGCAGAACAAACUGACCAUGCCGUACCUGGAGCAGUGUGCCGUCCGGCCUCAGCUCCACCGGCGUCUCACAGAGCUCUACGACUAUCCCAAAUACAGCUGCCCUUACAAAAGAGGGAAGAGGUACUUCUACUUCCACAACACAGGCCUCCAGAACCAGGACGUGCUGUACGUGCAGGACUCUCUGGAUGGAGCCGCCGCCGUGUUCUUUGACCCCAACGCCCUCUCUGAAGACGGCACCGUGGCCCUGAAGAUGGCCCGGCUGUCCGAGGAGUGUGAAUAUCUAGCGUACGGUUUGAGCAGCAGCGGCUCCGACUGGGUGACGGUGCGCUUCAUGAAGGCGGAGGAUCUGGCCACGCUGCCCGACGUGCUGCAGGGGGUUAAAUUCAGCUGCUUGUCCUGGACGCACGACGCCAAGGGCGUCUUCUACAACUGCUACCGGCGCCAGGGAGGCAAAACCGACGGCACAGAGACCACCUGCAACAUCCACCAGAAGCUCUUCUACCACGUCGUCGGCACCGAACAGUCGGAAGACAUUCUGGUCGCCGAGUUCCCCGAGCACCCCAAGUGGCACAGCUCCGUAACCAUAUCGGAUGACGGCCGAUACGCCGUUCUGUCCAUCACUGAAGGCUGUGAACCCGUCAACCAGCUGUGGUACUGCGACCUGCAGCGGCUCUCGGACGGCAUCGCAGGUGUGCUGCCCUGGGUCAAACUCGUGGACAGCUUUGAGGCCCAGUACGCCUACGUCACCAACGAGGGCUCCGUGUUCACGUUCCGCUCCAACUCGGACGCUCCCCGGUACCGUCUCGUCAACAUCGACGUCCAGAAACCGGAGCGGCAGCACUGGACCACGCUCCUCCCGCAGCAUCACGAGGACGUCCUGGGCCCGGUCUCCUGCGUGAACCAGCGCCACCUGCUGGUCAACUACCUCCACGACGUGAAGGACGUCCUGCAGCUGUGCGAGCUGUCCACCGGCCGGCUGCUGAGGAGUCUGCCGCUGGGCGUGGGCACGGUGGCCGGAGUGAGCUGCAGGAAGAAGCACUCGGAGUUCUUCUACAAGUUCUCCUCCUUCACGACACCGGGUAUCAUUUACCACUGUGAUUUGAGCGAGUCCGACCCGGAGCCCAGCGUGUUCAGGGAGGUGGAGGUGAAGGGCAUCAAGCAAGAGGACUACGAGACCAGUCAGGUGUUUUAUCCCAGUAAAGAUGGAACCAGGAUCCCCAUGUUCUUAGUUCACUCCAAGGGCCUGAAGAAGGACGGCACUCACCCCGUCUUCCUCUAUGGCUACGGGGGCUUUGAGGCGUCCAUACAACCGUACUACAAUGUUGCGUACCUGCUGUACGUGAGGCACCUGGGAGGCGUCCUGGCCGUGGCCAACAUCAGAGGGGGCGGAGAGUACGGCCUCACCUGGUACAAAGCCGGCACGCUGGGGAACAAGCAGAAUGGCUUCGAUGACUUCCAGUGCGCCGCAGAGUAUCUGGUCCGGGAGAAGUUCACCACGGCCAGCCGCAUCGCCAUCAACGGAGCCUCUAACGGCGGCCUGCUCGUGGCGGCGUGCGUGAACCAGCGUCCAGAGCUGUUUGGCUGCGCCGUGGCAGAGGUCGGGGUGAUGGACAUGCUGAAGUUCCACAAAUUCACCAUCGGCCACGCCUGGACCACCGACUACGGUUGCCCUGACGACCCGGAGCAGUUCAAGUGGCUCAUCAAGUACUCCCCUCUCCACAACCUGCCUCCGGCCCCGUACUCCGGCCCUCCCUACCCGGCCGUCCUGCUCCUCACGGCGGACCACGACGACCGCGUGGUGCCGCUGCACACCCUGAAGUACUGCGCCGCCCUGCAGCACGGCGUGGGCCGCAGCGCGGGGCAGCGCCAGCCUCUGAUGGUCCGGGUGGACGCCCGCAGCGGCCACGGCGCCGGGAAGCCCACGAGCAAGGCCAUCGCCGAGGAGACGCACAUCUUCUCCUUCAUCGCAGAGACGCUCGGGCUGAGCUGGAUCGACUGACGGCGAGGCGUCGGCGAGGCGUCGGCGAGGCGACGGCGUUUUUAUAGGGGUGAACGGCUUUCUGUGAAAACAUGCUUUUAGUGUUUAGUGAACGACUGAAGGAAUGUUCCGGUACAACACCAGUAAACGGGCGGAGAAAAGUCGGAGUAACAAUGAGAACGGGUGCAGUAGUAUUCCAAGAAAUAUAAUAACGCCCAAACUACGAGGUGGGAAAAAUAACCGGCGGUAGAAUAAUAAUAACCUUCAAUUUUUAUAUAGCGCUCCUCUAAAUACCGCUUAAGUAAGUCGCUUACAGAGUCCAGAGUCCAGUAGUCAUACACACACACACAGUCAUCCCGGUGGUGGUAAGCUACAUCAGUAGCCACAGCUGCCCUGGGGCAGACUGACGGAAGCGUGGCAGCCAAUCAGCGCCUACGGCCCCUCCCCCACCACCAACAUUCAUUCACAUCCGUACGAACCGGAGUGAGAAACUAGAACUCUUCUUUUAAAACGACACGAUUGUUACAAUCCAAGUGGAUCUAAUGAGUUCUGAAGAGUUUGAAUCCUUGAUGGAAGACGUGUUGAAUAAAGUCUAAUUUCUUGGCAUUAAAAUGUUUGUUUUAAAAAACUGGAUGGUAUAUAUUGAAUACUACACCUGUGCUCAUGUAUACUUUGUUAAUUAAGAUACUGUCCAAAAAUAAAAAAUGAUUAAAAAAAUGAAUGUACUCAA